AACCGCAUUAAUGCAGGUGGCGGUGCAAAAGCCACAUGCAAAGAGUAUAAGAGUGUAAUUAUACAACUAACAACUAACAACUAACGACAUAUUACGAGUGCGUGAACAGACAACCAUAUAACAGAUUCAAGAGCCGCCAAUCGAGACUCCACUCGAGACGCAAGAAGUUAACUAGAGUCUCUUUGAGUGCGCUCGCUGCUUGGCUUCUUGAUAUGCAGACGCACGUCGAGCGAUUAUUAUAGAAAGGAAAGUGGAUGCCCGCCCUGCUUCAUUUGAUUUACACACAUCACGAGGUGAACAUCGCCGAUAAUAAUCCGAUUACAUAAAUCAGAUAAAAACAAAAACUCCAGCAGCAAAAAUCAAUUUAUCCACUUCUAAUCAACACAAAUAAAUAACAGUGAUGUUUGUGCCAAUGUGGAUUGCGAUUAUCGCUAGUGUUUUGGUGGUUGUUCAAGGAAAAGUUUGGGAAACGAUACCACCAUAUGUAAAGCAGUGUCAUGAAGGCGAUCCAGAACUAAUCAAAUGUUUUAUUGGAUCCCUGCAACAUUUACAACCUUAUUUGGCGACGGGAAUCAAAGAAAUUGAAUUGCCACCAGUGGAACCAUUCCGUAUGGAUGAAUUGUCACUUUCCCUGACGUCAGGACCCAAUGGAUAUCGUGUUACUUUAGCUGAUAUUGAUGUUUAUGGUGCGAGUAAUUUCACCGUGACUAAAAUGAAAUUGAGUGAAAAUGGAAAACCAUUUGAAGCAAGGAUUAAAAUGCCUGAAUUACGUAUGACAUCGAAAUACAGAAGCAGUGGAGUUUUGUUGAUUAUCCCAGCAAGUGGAAAUGGCACUUUUCAUGGCAAAUUUCAGGAUGUGACAGCCAUAGUAAAAGGAAUUGUGAGCGUGUCCCAAAAGGAGGGUCAGAAUUACAUGCACGUUGACACGCUUCAAGUGGACAUCGACAUUAAGCAUGUGCGCAUGGCCGUUAAAGAUAUCUAUAGAAACAAUCGAAUUAUUGGUGAAGCAAUGAAUUUGUUCCUAAGAGAAAACGGCCAAGAAGUAGUAAAAGCAAUGCUGCCUCAAUUGAAACGCAAAUUAUCAAAUUUGUUCCAAAGUAUUGCAAAUCAAUUGUUGUCUAAUUUGCCAGUGGACGUGUUUUAUGUGCCUAAAAAGCAAUAAAAUAACGAAGCAACUCGCAAUUUACAAUUUAAUCUGAAUUAAUUGUAUACAUCUCAUUUUCGUAACGUUUAAGAAACAUUUAUAUUUAAGUCAUGUCAACAACACAUUAAAUUAAUUGUUUAUAAAAUAAUUAAACGUAUAUCUACAUUAAAGUUUAUAACUUGUAUUAUUUAAGUAAAAAAUAAUUUGUAUAAUUCAAAAAUUAUAGAAAUUUAAAGAUA